CUGCUCGGCUCCCCCGGCGCAGCCGCUGCCUGAGCGGGAGCUGGUGCGGGGUUCCCGGGGUGGCGGCGCACGUCUCCGGAGGAGGAGAGGGUGGGCAAAGCCUCAGCCCUUACCGGCUUUCUCCUCAGACUCUGCACCCUGCCUGGCUGCUCCCCGCGUCCCGACUCCGUGUGUCAAGCCGCCUGGCUGUAGGGAAAUGAGUGGCUGGGACGACCUUUAUCCACUGCCAAUGCUGCCCUCCUGGGUACCGGGUGCUGCCGCUGGGAUUGUCUCCUUGCUCGUCAUCCAGCAACUCCUCUUCCCCUACUUCUGGGCUGACCUGAGAUACCUGCUGAAAGUAUUGAUGUACGGGCUGAGAGUGGAGAUGUACCGGCUGCAAGGGAGGAUUGUCACUGUCCUGGACAAGUUUGUGAAGCUGGCUGAGAAGCAGCCCCACAGGCCGUUCCUCAUCUACGAAGGGAAGGUGCACACCUACCGGGAUGUGGACAGGAGGAGUAACAGGGUAGCACAGGUCUUCCUACACCACGCGGCUCUGAAGAAGGGCGACACGGUGGCCUUGCUGAUGGGCAACGAGCCAGACUUCAUCCACAUGUGGUUCGGACUGGCCAAGCUGGGCUGUGUCGUGGCUUUCCUCAACUUCAAUGUCCGCUCUAGAUCUCUCCUGCACUGUGUCAGUAGCUGUGAGCCCAAGAUACUGGUUGUGGGAGCAGAUUUGCUUGGGACACUGGAAGAAAUUCUUCCUAACCUCCAAAAAGACAUUAGUGUUUGGAUAAUGACCAAAGACUCCACUUUUCCAAGUGUGCGUACCCUUCUAGACAAAAUAGAGGCUGCAUCGGAAGACCCUGUUCCGGUUAACCGACGCUCUGCCAACAACCUCAAGUCAUCUGUUUUAUAUAUAUUUACUUCAGGAACAACAGGUCUUCCAAAGGCCGCAGUCAUCAGUCACAUGCAGGUUCUUAAAGGAGCUGCUGGACUGUGGGCUUUUGGUGCUACUGCAGAAGACAUCAUUUAUAUUACUCUGCCUCUUUAUCACAGUGCAGCAUCUCUUCUCGGCAUUGGUGGAUGCAUUGAAUUGGGUGCAACCUGUGUGUUAAAAAAGAAAUUCUCAGCCAGUCAGUUUUGGAGUGACUGCAAAAAGUACAAUGUGACUGUCAUCCAGUACAUUGGAGAACUUUGCCGUUACCUUUGCAGCCAGCCAGUGAAGGAAGGAGAAAAAAAUCACAAAGUCCGACUAGCAGUUGGAAAUGGAGUAAGAAAUGAUGUAUGGAGAGAAUUUUUAGACAGAUUUGGUGCUGUUAAGAUCUGUGAGUUUUAUGGUGCUACUGAAGGAAACAUUUGUUUCAUGAACCACACAGGAAAAAUUGGAUCUGUUGGACGCACCAAUUUCUUUUAUAAGCUUUUUUUCCCAUUUGAUUUAAUCAAGUAUGAUUUCCAAAAAGAUGAACCAAUUAGAAAUAAGCAUGGUUGGUGUGAAAAAGUUAAGAAAGGUGAGGCUGGUCUUCUCAUUUCCAAAGUCAAUGCGAAGAACCCCUUCUUUGGUUAUGCUGGCAAUAAGAGACACACAGAAAAGAAAUUACUCUGUGAGGUAUUUAAGAAGGGAGAUCUUUAUUUUAAUACUGGAGAUCUAAUGGUUCAAGACCAUGAGAAUUUUCUUUAUUUUUGGGACCGGAUUGGAGAUACCUUCAGAUGGAAAGGGGAGAAUGUUGCAACUACAGAAGUUUCCGACGUCAUUGUAAUGUUGGACUUCAUACAAGAAGCAAAUGUGUAUGGUGUAUCUGUGCCAGAUCAUGAAGGAAAAGCAGGAAUGGCCUCUCUUAUUUUAAAGCAGAAUACAUCAUUAGACUUGGAGCAAAUGUAUAAGCAAGUAGUGACCUAUCUACCAAGUUAUGCUUGUCCUCUUUUUUUAAGAGUCCAGGAAAAAAUGGAAAUGACUGGAACAUUCAAACAACAAAAAUUUCGACUGGUGGAUGAAGGUUUUAAUCCAUCUACAAUUUCUGAUCCUCUUUAUUUUUUAGAUAAUUCUAAGAAAGCAUAUGUCCUGUUAACCAAAGAAGUACAUGAGAUGAUCUUAUCUGGGAAAAUGAAACUUUAAUUAACCUAAUAAUAGGCUAUUAAGGGACUGUCUAUAUGAGCUACUGUAUGAGAAAACAGGAACAUUAAUUACCAGUAUUUAUAUGUAGUUAUCCAGAAUAAUAUUUUAUGUACUUGGUAUUUACAUUCAGAUACGUCUUUUAUCUUUCCUCACUUGAUCAUUAUUGUUCACUAAUCAUUUUUUACCUCUUGAGACCAAUUUCUAAGUAAAUGACUUGUAAAACGUGACUGAAAUCUAUUUUAACUUAAUUUUGGAAUAUAAAUGCUGACUCUGAUAGUUUUUCUUAGUACUAAAUGAACAUGAAUGAUACGUGGUAGGAAACAUAGUAAAAAAAGAUUCAACACAUAAAGAUAUUGGGACACAAGUUACUGUUUCUAGAGAGAGAAAAUAUGCCAGUAACAUCUUUUUCUAAUGUAGUUUAUAUUUCAUAUAUACUUCUGAAUAUAUAUUUUAAGAAAUAAAGACUUGACAGUGGUUGGAAGAAAAAACAACUCCUACAGAGCACUCUUCUGAUGGAACAUAAGAUGAAAGAGAGUGAAGCAGAAGAAAGCCCUACAAACAAACCCAAAACUAAGAGGUUUAUACUAACACCACUGCUGAGAUUUUUUGUCAUAAUCCAUGCUCUUUCAUUUGUUAAACCGGCUGUUUGGAGUGUCAAAUUCUGAAGACAGAGCAAACUUUUGUGAAAUGUUUAGCAGCAGAUCAACCAUUGGCAGAGAAAAUGUGCACACUUAAUGGGGAAAAUUGCUUAUAUAGCAUAAAAAGAAUUAUUACAGCACUUUGUUGUGCAUAUUGACUAACAAAUAGCUUCCUUAUUCUUAUUAAUGACUGCCAGAGACUAUUAUUUUAUGAGUAUAAAAUAUAGCAGAAAUUUUAAACUUUUAAAUCAUAUGUUCUAAUGAAUUGCUUUUUUAAAGUUUUAAAAUAAAGUAUAAGAUUGUUUAA